UUACCAUGCCAACAGAAGUUGAAAGGAGCACCCCUGCAGAGGUUAUAAAUACGACCAAAUGAGUUCUGCAUGCGGCAUUCCAGCUUUGGGCAUCAGUCAGCUGGAAGACACUGUUCAGAAGGCAACCAGCAGACACCUGAGUCCACCCGUUUCACUCUCUGGCUCUCAAGAUGGAGAAAUACCCACCUGACGCCAACUACAUACCGGGGUACACUGGCUACAUCCCUCAGCUGAAGUACACCAUGGGCAAGUCCUAUGGUCAGCUUACUGCCGAGCUGCUGAACUCUCCCCCCAUGGCUACAACCAACCGUCGGGUGAUCCAGCGGGAGGACUAUACUAAUGUGGUGGCGGAACUUCCUCUGACCACCAGAGAUAUUCCAGAGAGCCACUCCAAAAAGAUGAUACCUGGAUACACAGGUUUCAUUCCAAAGAGGCAGAACUACUUUGCGUGCAGCUUUACAGAAACGUGUCACAAAGCACUGACUGAGUUCUACAAGGACCAACGGACCAAGAUCCAAAAGAAGCCUCCAAUUCCUCGUGUGGUCAAAAGCACCAACCUGUUCGAUGUCUAUAAACCCUUGAACACUUUUGUUCCAAGUGGAAAGGCGUACUUCUUGGAUGAUGAUGACCCCCAAAAGUACUUCAUCUCAGGAUUUACAGGUCAUGUGCCGAAAUCGCGCUUCCUGUUUGGGAAAGGUUACCCCAUCACAACAAAGCAGGCCCUGAUCCAGUUUGGCAAGCAACGCCGUGGUCUCCCCACCAGAGAAGAGAGCCCAGACGGGUCAGAGCCCGCCAUCAAAGCCAACACCAACAUCUACCCCACGAACAAGGGGGUGCUGCCUUCAUUCACUGGACACAUUCCAGGGUACAAGUUCAUGUACGGACAAACCUUUGGUCAGCUCUCUCAGAACGCACUGGAAAAAAGCGGAAUCAUGAAGAACCGUCUGGCGAAUCCAAAAAACAACCUUAUAACUACAGGCAUAUAGAAUAUGUUGUUUCAAGAAAAUGUAGUGACCCCAGAUUUUUGAGCCUCUGAUCGAUGGCACUCUGGAAACCACCUCUGCUCGAGUGAAACAAACAAAACCAGGUCCAGGGUGUGUGCAUCACUGCUUUCUCUGGAGCCUGCUGCUGUCGGAAAACAUACCUGUCCGGCUGAGGAAUUCCCACCGUCAUGUGGACAUCAUGUAUCAUUUUGGAGCAAUGCAGUGUUGGAUAUAAGAGAUAAGAGAUACAACUUCUACAUCGACAUAUAUCAGUCAAAACAAUGCACUGGAAAUAUUGUUCUACACCAUGGAAUUCAAUACACAAAUAAACUGUUAAAUCUUUA